CUGACUUCCUACAGGUUGGUGGCACAAAGUCCAAAGGCAGCGCUGAGGUGACAAAGAAGCUUCAGACAGAAUAUUAUCAUGUCUGGGGUGAGUGUGAAUGAUUUGCCUACAGAACCCAUCACUGCAGUCGGAGUUGUCUCGUCACUCAACAAGGCUUUGGAUGACUACUAUGUUGUUGCACAAACAACAGAUGGCUCUGAUGCCGACCUGUGGAAGGACGGCUUAUUCAAAUCCAAGGUCACUCGCUACCUCUGUUUCACCAGGAAACCAGGGUCUGAUGUUGUUGUGGACGUGAAGUUGACUGACAUGAAGGAGGCAUUGCCAGAGGGCUUCACACACAUUCAAGAAACAUUGGACUCAAAGGAACCGGCCAUGAGGAAGAGGAGGCUAUGUGUGAAAAUAAGCCCAUGUGAAGCUGCAGAAACGGCUGUAUAUGACAUCCAGAUCACUGCCAAAUCCAAGCACCAUCUGGUUCACUACACCUGCAUUGGAGAAAUCAAUAACAUGGGAAUCUGGUAUCGAGUGGGGGAUGUGCCUCAUCUGCAGAUAUCUCAGGAAAGAUCGAGCACAGUCAACUCUGAUUCCUCAUCUGACAUUGCCAGUAAGACCAUCAUCAGUAGGCCAGAUGAGCACCAGAGCGGUGGAAGCUACACAAUGACAGCCAUGGAUGACGUGCCCUUUGGAAUCAAUCAAAAGUUCUACGAUACAACAAAAGAGAUGCAGCGAGUCAAUUUAAUGGGCAUUACGAUCAAAUCCCUGGCACAGAUCGAGGACGAAUUUGACUACAACUUCAGCACGGAGCGAAGCAUUGUUGUGUAAGAAGAACUCCUUCUGAACUUCCUUCUGGUGGGCGGCCGAGGGUGGAGUCGGCUCUCUUGGUUGCUUGGUUGGGUCUGCUCCUGUCUCUGGCCAUGCUCCCCCCACCCCAGCAGACGAUGGUGUGGAACACCCCUGAUGCCACCAUAGUGUAUAUGUUUUUUUGUUGUUGUUGUGUGUGUUGGUGUUGUUGUUUGAACAAGGCGAUGUUCAUGCACGGUUCAUUUUAUGCACCAGUAAAAAAAACAUGGUAACACUUUAGUAUGGGGAACAUAUUCACCAUUAAUUAGUUGCUUAUUAACAUGCAAAUUAGUAACAUAUUGGCUCUUAACUAGUCAUUAUUAAGUACUUAUUAAUGCCUUAUUCAGCAUGACCUUAUUAUAACCCUAACCCUCUGACCCUAACCCUAACCAAAUAACUCUAAAUUAAGUCUUUAUUACUUAUAAUAUGUUCCCCUAGUGUCCAAAUAACUCUAAAUUAAGUCUUUGUUACUUAGAAUAUAUUCCCCAUACUAAAGUGUUACCAAAAACAUAUAACUUUGUCUUGAAUUUGAAGAAGAAAAAAAAAAGUUCACUAAAGAAGGGUUCGGUGAAUGCACAUAUGAAACUGGUGGGGUUCAGUACCUCCAACAAGGUUAAGAACCACGGCUUUAUAGUCUUUAAUGUCCUUUGUGUUCUUUGAUGUUUCCCUCUUACACACAUGUUUAUGUGUGCUAUGGCUAUGGGGUUUUUAUUUCCUUGGCCUCAGUCUGGACCCCCUCUCUAGGUGCCCAGGCUUAGACUGAUUACAUGUUUUUUUCUCACCAGCGUUUACAUGUUUCUCACCUUUUUUGUAACGGCCGCCGGAAAUUGGCAGACUCGUCAGCGAUCCUGUUCUGUCUCCCUGUAAUGUUUGUUUUAUCUUGAAUGGGACUGUGCUGAAAAUCUUAAUUUCCCUUCGGGGAUUAUUAAAGUAUUUCCGAUUCUGAUUCUGAUUCUGAACGACAACUGAGUGGACCGUACUGGUGGACAAAAGUAAAUAUUGCUAACAUAAAUAAAAGCAAAAAACAAAAAAAGUGGAUUUUGCACAAUACUAUUAGUUUCCUUUUUUGAAAAUACAUUGUAAAUCAUGUAUUAUUCUGUGUUUGAAGAUCAGUAAAAUAUAGUGCAAAGCUCCAAAAUCAUAUUUGAUUAAUUGUGUCUUUUA